ACCUUCUCGUCUCUUUCCCUCUCUCUAGCAUACGUCACAGCUUACACACGCUCUCUCUCUCUCUUCCUCUCUCUAAAACACGUAUGAACCCCGAAGAAAUUUCUAAAUGCGACGCGGAGACGUAAGAUUCUACUAUUCACGCUUUGUCUCGGAAUCUCGUUCCCCCCUUUCAGUUAUUCUUGACUUAUUUUUCUACCUGCUAAGCUAAUCCAACCUUUUCUUGCGUGAAAUUGGAGACUUAUUAAUCGAAUUUAGCUCCCUUUCUGAAUUUCUGUCAUUUUUGUCGUUUUCGAUGAUCUUUGUGGAUGGAUCGGAAGGAACUAAGUAAAUUCGUGUAGAUUUAAUGCGAAUUCCAAGGGAUGAAAAUGAGUGGUUCUCUUGAAAUCCGGAAGUUUGUUCAGUGGGGUUAUACCAUAUGUCUUUGAUCUUUGAGUGUUUGUGUGGGUCAGAAAAGGAGAUGGGGGGUUUGUCGUUUGGUUUUGAUUAGCUUUGUUGCAAGUUCCGCUGUAAAGUGAGGGAGUUUUUUGAAUUGGGCUGUGUUUUGGAUCAAAUCGGGGAUGUGUGGAAAUUUGGAGGUAGUUAAUGUGUUGGUAUCGAAUUUUUGUAUAUUUUGUUGAAGUGCAGUAGGAAUUCAAGCGAGAUCAGGGAAACCUCUGUGCGUAAAUUUGUUUAUUGUUCACGGGUCGUGAAAAUUUGUGAAGAAAGUAGAAGUCAUUUUGUUAUUGACCAUCUUAGCUGCUCGUGAGAUUUCUGUGGUAGAGCUGUUUAUGUUGAAUUCUGGUUCCUGAAAAUUUGAGGGUUUCUCUGUGGAUUAUUUUGUCCCUUCAUGUCGAUCGGAAGUAUUUCUUCGAUUAUUUGCACUGCUCGUCGCGGUUAUUGGAAAUUCAAAAGAGAUGGGAACUGGUCUUCCUCUUUUCGUUUGACUCUGCCAUCUAUUUAGAUGUAAUAUAGGAAGACUUCCCGCAGCUUACUCUGGGUCGCCAGCUUCAAAUUUUGCUUCAAUUUGUACCGAUUAUGUUGUAAAAAGGGUUCCUUUUCAGAGUUCUAGUUUUGGUUCGUUGCUUUAUCCUUCUAUUCCUUUUCCUCUACUGGCCACCCAGUUUUGGAACUUCUUAGUAUAGUUUUGUGUCGACAUCUGUUUACUUCUGCAAAUUCUUUCUUAGACUUUACUAUCUUCGUUUGUCUCUGUAAUUGCUUUUGUAUAGUCGGUGUUUGAAAGCUUUUAAUGCAUCUAUUUGCUCUAGAUCUAGAAUUUUUAGGAUCAUAAUUCACAACAGUCCAAUCAGAGGGAGAUUAUAGAGUAGAGACGAUGGCAAUGUCGUCGGAGCCAUCAUCUUCCUUGAGUUUUACUUCGUCUUCCCAUCUAUCAAAUGGUUCAAGCAGCUAUAACUUAUCUGCUCCGACCAGUCCUGAACCAGGAGUCAAUCUUGAUAUCAUCAGUUUGGGAAAGCUCAGCUCUAACAUGGAACAGCUCCUGAUUGAUACUGGACUUGACUACAGUGAUGCAGAGGUUAUAGUUGAGGGAAACACCGUGGGUGUACACCGAUGUAUUUUGGCCGCCAGGAGUAGAUUCUUCCAUGAGCUUUUCACAAAGACAAAGGGUUCUCCUCAGAAAGAAGGUAAACCACAAUAUAACAUGACUGAUUUGGUGCCUUAUGGUAAGGUUGGUUAUGAAGCCUUCACGAUUUUCUUGAGCUAUUUGUACACUGGAAAGCUGAAGCCAUCUCCAGCCGAGGUAUCAACGUGCGUUGAUUCUUCAUGUGCCCAUGAUGCCUGCCGACCUGCAAUAAAUUUUAUCGUGGAACUGAUGUACACUUCUGCCCAUUUUCAGAUAACAGAGCUGGUUUCACUUUUUCAGCGUCGUCUUCUCAUCUUUGUGGAAAAGGCUUUUGCGGAAGAUGUAAUCCCCAUCCUUAUGGUGGCUUUUCAUUGCCAAUUGAAUCAUCUCAUUGAUCAUUGUGUCCAAAGAAUAGCACGAUCAGAUCUUGAUAGCAUCUCUCUGGAAAAACUCCCUAAUGAAGUCAAAAUGGACAUCAAAUCUCUCCGUCUCAAAUCUCAUCUAGAUGAAGCUUCUGCUAUGGAUGUGGAUCCAGUACGUGAAAAGAACAUCAGAAGAAUCCACAAGGCUUUAGAUUCUGAUGAUGUUGAACUGGUGAAACUUCUUCUGAAUGAAUCAGGGGUCACCUUGGAUGAUGCCAAUGCUCUUCACUAUGCUGCUGCCUACUGUGAUCCCAAGGUUGUGGCAGAGGUGCUUGAUCUGGGUUUGGCUAAUGCCAACCUCAGGGAUGCCAGAGGUUACACAGUGCUACAUGUUGCUGCAAUGCGUAAGGAGCCAUCUAUAAUAGUUAGGCUGCUGAAUAAAGGAGCUUCUGCAUUGGAAUUGACGUCUGAUGGCCAGAGCGCAGUUAGAAUCUGUAGGAGGCUGACUAGGCCAAAGGAUUAUAAUGCAAAGACAAUACAGGGACAGGAAACAAACAAAGAUAGGAUAUGCAUUGACAUUCUGGAAAGAGAGAUGAGGAGGAAUCCAAUGGCAGGGGCCACAUCAAUAUCAUCACCAGCAACAUCUGAGGAUCUUCACAUGAAGCUCCUGUACCUGGAAAACAGAGUGGCAUUUGCACGAUUGUUGUUCCCCACUGAAGCCAGACUAGCCAUGGAGAGUGCACAUGCAGAUUCAACAUUUGAAUUCGCUGGUCUUUCUGCAUCAAAAGGCUCAUCUGGUAACUUGAGAGAGGUCGAUUUGAAUGAGACUCCUACAACGCAGAACAAAAGACUGCAUUCAAGAAUGGAAGCACUGCAAAAGACAGAGGUGGGUAGGCGAUACUUUCCUCACUGUUCAGAAGUGCUAGACAAAUUCAUGGAGGACGAUUUGCCUGAUCUGUUCUUUCUCGAGAAGGGAUCCUUGGAUGAACAGAGAAUAAAGCGGUCACGUUUUGUUGAACUUAAGAGAGAUGUCCAAAAGGCAUUUAACAAAGACAAGGCUGAAAUCAGUCGCUCUGGAUUGUCAUCCUCUUCAUCCUCCUAAAGUGUGCUAGUUAUAAAAUGCAAGAAUAUGUUUUUAGGUAAACAUGUACUUAAAAUACUCCUACAGAGAUAUGCACAAAUUUUUGCAGUGUUUCUUACCCUAAACUUGGCAUAAAAAGCCUACAAGUGUUGCAGCUCUUUUAUGUAAAGUUCACAGCAAGAGCAAAUUUGCCACUAUGUUGUUUCCUUUACGUUUUCCUUUUUACAUUUUAUGUUAUCUAACAUUGUAGAAGAUCACCCACCCUAAUGCUGAAGUUAUAUAUCCUUUUCUUAAUUUU